AUGCAGCCGGAGCGGGCCCGAGGGCUGCCGGUUGUUGGCCAUGGAGGCGACCCAGCUGCCCCCCAUCCUGCUGGUGCCCAGGCUUCCCAGCCGGAGGACAGAUCUGAGACGGAGGCAGUGUCAGGCCUUCUCUCCCUCGGCCACUCAGGAGAACAUCGAGAGACGGACGAGUGCUGCCGGGAACACGACCACUGUCAGCACGUCAUCCACCCCUUCACGGCCAAGUACGGCUACCGGAACCUCCGCUGGCACACCAUCAGCCACUGCGCCUGCGACCUGCGGUUGAAAGGCUGCCUGAGGCAGGUGAAUGACACUGCCUCCCGCGUGGUGGGCCAGGCCUUCUUCAACGUGAUCCAGGUGCCCUGCUUUGAGUUCACCUACAAAGAGCAGUGUGUGGAGCCCUAUCUGUACAUCUGGUGCAAGAAGUACAACACCGUGGCCAUUGCGGUGCCCCGGAAGCCGGUGCUCUAUGAGUUUGGUGGGGAACUGAUAGACGAAGUGGCAGCCGGCUCAGACAGGGCUCCUUCCAGCCCAGCGCCCCAGCCUGGCACCCCCCCGCCUAGAGAGAGCACGGGCAGAUGGGCACUUCCUCCGACAAAGCACCCACCCCCAGGCCAGGUUGUCACAGGGGCUAUGGACAGCUUCCAGAAGUCUGCGCCCACUGGGCCCAAGCGAGAGAGCCCCGCCAAGACCCAGCAGAAGGGGAAAGGGAAGAAGAGAGGGAGGAAAACUAAGAAAGGAAAAGGGCUGAAAAAGAAGAAAGUCCAUUCCAAAGCUGAGGUGCUGGGACUGCCCACCCCCACUGCAGAUACUGCCUCCCUCCUCCCUAAGCACCUGGUGCUGGACUUCGGGGGGAAGGAGGAUGUGUUCAACGCUAUCCUGAACGAUGCCCCCGUCGGGGAGGAGACCCUGACUCCACGCGGGGCAGCGCAGGCUGAAAGCAGUGACCGGGGGCAGUUGAAGGCAAGGCCUUUGCCUACUCUCCAGCCCACAUGCCCAGCUGCCAGCAAGAGGAAGAGGAGGAGGGAACAAAAUGGAAGGAAGCGCCCGAGAAAGGAAGCGGAGAGUCUGCCCAGGCCUGUAUGAGACUCCCUGCAGCCGAGGUUGACCUUCCCCCGGUCCCCAAGAGGGCGGGUUGUCACUAAUAAAUUAGCUCGAUGCAGCCGAUGGCACCAUGCUAGCGGUCUAUCCCUAACCCUGCUGCUGUAGCCGCGUCUGCAGCGGGCCGACGAGAUGGAGCUCCUGCCGCAGGGAGUCCUCUGUGACUUGGCUGCUGAGUCCCAGCGCUGUUGAAAUGUUUGCCCAGGAGAGAGGUGACAAUGCAAUUUAGUCCCUUUGCAAAGCGGGCCAAGGAACAGGAAAGGCACGUGCCCCCCAGAUCUAAUCCAGCAGCGCGCGUAGCACAGCCGAAUGGGGGAGAACGCUGCCUGCUGCGGGGGAAGGGGCCUGGCCAGAAGCCCCUGCUAGUGCCUGUUCCACCCUCGCUCUCCCAGCGGACGGGCAGGCACCGCGGUAGCACCAGCGCUGGCCAUGCAGCUAACGGCCCAGUCCCGGCCCUGAAGGGGCCAGGCAAGACGACAGCCCCUGGGGAAGGGUAGAAACGGACGAGGGAGAGCACGUGUGUGAUCGCUGCACGACUGUGCAGAGCGAGUAGCUGUCUCGUUCUUGCUCCCACCUCAGCUCCUGUAUUUCCCCCGCCCCCCGAAAUGGGUCAUUGCACCAGGGGUUCCCAGGAGAUACUCUGGCCCUGGUCCUUUUUGCUUUACUGACAUGUUAGGGGACAUGCUAACUGCCCCCUCGGAAAACACCCAUCCAGCCCCUUUGCUUGGCUGCCUUUUAAAGUGAGACUCCCAGGGGGUUGCCAGCUCCAGGGCCCUGAGGAUAGUGAUGGGGGCUGCCGUUCCUGCCCCCCCACAGAGAAAUAACCUUGGUUGGAGGGGAAACAGCAGCACAAUGGGACACUGAGAACAGCGGCGAGAGCUGGGCAGAGCAGCGGGGGAGAAUUCUUCAGGCUAAUCCUCACGUCCCGGGACUGGUGAGCCGGGGCCCCUGGUUAGCUCGGUGAGGCCAGCCCAGCACCUGACCCUCCCAGAGCAGCACUUGGUCUCUUUGGUUUCUGUGAACUGGGUGAUUGUUUGGUCUAGGCCCGGCAGGCAGCACCUCAGGCUUUCAGAAAGGAUCCCGCUGGGUGCGAGUGUUGGGCGCUGGGAGAGGAGCGCAGGUUAUUAAAGAACUAGUCUGAGUUACUCCUCA